GUCCGCUAUUUGUCAGUAAAAAGAAAACCUGAAAUCCGCUACUCGCCGAUCCACGCUUUACCUGGCUCUAAUAUCAAUUAUUCACGGUCUGGAGACGAUCCGGACCCACAGAGCUAUCAUGUCCGCGCUCAGGUAACCUUCCGUCGGGCUGCCGCUGCUGCCGCCUCCUCCUCCGGGUGAAGGAUGGAGAGGCCGGGCAGGCUGCUGCUGUUGUCCGAGCUCCGCGUCAGAAACACGGCUUACGAAGUGAGUCUGAGCCGAUCCCUGCUCACCUGGAAAAAACGGGUUUCAAGUCCUUUGUAUCAUCCGUUUAAACCAAGUCUAUGUCGUAGCGUAGUGGUGUCUGAAAUCAUCUCGGUCCGUGAGGAAGAGGAGAACAGCAGCAAAGACAAUGGCAGCUGGAGGAAGAUCAGAGAGAUGCAGGGGAGGGACUGCAGGCAGGCCUUCACUGUCUCAUAUGUGGAGCGAGGGAGGAAUCACCGCUGGCGGUGUGCAGAGGUCACGUUUGUCUGUUCCGACGCAGCUCUGUGUCAGCGCUGGGUCCUCAGCAUCAGGGAGCAGCUGGCUGCCCUCAGCUGCAGACCCAAACAGCUGCUUGUCUACAUUAAUCCUUAUGGAGGGAAGAAACAGGGAAAACGCAUCUAUGAACAGAAGGUGGCGCCACUGUUCACUCAGGCUGGGAUCACGACACAAGUCAUUGUGACGGAGUAUGCCAACCAUGCGAGGGAUCAUCUAAGGGCUGAUGCAGAACUAAAACAGUUUGAUGGGGUGGUGUGUGUGGGUGGAGAUGGCAUGUUCAGUGAGAUCAUUCAUGGUUUGAUCUGGAGGACACAGGUUGACAGUGGAGUGAACCCCAACAGCCCAGAGGAGGCGCUGCAGCCCUGUUCACUUCGGAUCGGCAUCAUACCUGCAGGAUCCACAGACUGUAUCUGUUUUGCGACAGUGGGCACCAAUGACCCAGUGACCUCUGCACUGCACAUCAUUGUUGGGGACUCGCAGCCGAUGGACGCGUGCUCUGUGCACCAUAACGACACUUUCCUUAGAUACUCCGUCUCGUUGCUUGGUUAUGGUUUCUUUGGCGAUGUGUUGAGUGACAGUGAGAGAAAGAGGUGGAUGGGACCAGCCCGAUAUGACUUCUCAGGUCUAAAGAUGUUUCUUACUCAUCACUAUUAUGAAGGAACUGUGUCUUAUCUACCAGCCAAAGGCAUCAUGGGAACUCCGCGUGAUGAAGCCAGGUGUCGCUCCGGCUGUGUGGUCUGUGAACACAAUGGACAUGUUUUUACACAGAAAGGUGAAAAGUACAAGUUGGAUGAAUGCUUUGACACUGAGAGGGAGGAUGAGUGGCGCACAGUGCGGGGUAAGUUUUUGGCUAUAAACGCUGCGAGUAUGAGCUGUGCUUGUCCCCGCACUCCCAAAGGCCUGUCUCCGGCCGCUCACCUGGCAGAUGGCACCACAGACCUCAUCCUGGUCCGCAAGUGCUCUCGCUUUGACUUCCUCCGACACCUCAUUCGACACACCAGCAAGGACGACCAGUUUGACCUGGCGUUUGUGGAGGUGCACCGCGUCAGUCGUUUCCGCUUCAUGCCCCGUCACUGUCAGAGCGACUCAGACCUGAACCUUCAAGAGUUCCACAAGAGGCAGAUCUUUGGGCCUCUGUGCAGGGACCACCCGGCCUGUGGCUGCAGCCCUCACUACAGCAGCUGGAACUGUGACGGAGAGGUGCUCAACCACACCGCCAUAGACGUCCGCGUGCACUGCCAGUUGAUCAAGCUCUUCGCUCGAGGGAUAGAAGAGAUGACCGUUUUUGAAGAAGUUACCAACCCCUGUGCAAUAUGAGACCCCCACAGCCACCCACUGUACGCACUUCCUGUUUCCUGUCCUGUCCGGCUCCUAGUUAUGACAUCACUGCCAUCAUUCGAGUCACCUCUAGCCUCGGCAUAUUAUAUUUUCAUAGCAAAUUUGAUAAAAAUUGAAAAUGAGGAAAAUCCAAACCAGCUUUAAAUCUAUAAACUAACUGGGCAUAGAACCGACCAUUUAAUACAGUAUUUUUUUUAAACAAUAUAUAACCUUUGGCUACACUUACUUACAAAAGGUAAGCAUGAUUAAAGUAGACAUACCUGAGAAUCAAACAUGAAAUUUGGCAUUUGAAUAAUCCAUACAUUUCAUUAGUUUAUUAACAUUUGUCAGCAUUAAAUAAGUGUAGUAGCUCAAGUUCUAAAAAUUGUACACCUCAAUUUCUUUUAUUUUUGUGUUUAACUGCUUUUAGUAUUAAAUAUGAAGACCUAUUCCUUAGAUUUUGUUACGUAGAUAUUAACAUUAUUUGCACUUUUUCUAUUUGAAAUCCGCAAUGUACCCAUCACUUAUUUUUCCCGUGCGUUGAUUUCCAUUAUUGCCAUGUUCAUUUUUAUACCAGUAGCCUUUCUUAGAUCUUCUAAUUCUCCACGCUUAAUAACCCACAACACUAACAACUGCAGCAUAACCAGCUCUUUAAGGGAUUUGUUCAUGUUAUUAUUUUUAUAUUAUGUUUAUUGUAGAAUCCAUCUUGGUCCUAGACUUUUGUCAAACUACUUUACUUUGAGCUUUAAAUAGUCCUUUUUUUUUUUUUUUUACAUCACUAGAGGCAUUAUAGUUGCCUGGCAAAUGCAGAAUGAUAUGUCUCUUUAUUUUUAUUGAGGGGAAAAAGAUGACAUAUCUUGGCAGUCAGGCUAGUUAAGUUCUUCCAUGAUUUUCUGCUCUUUAUGCAAAACACAUCAAAGGUAUAAGGGUGGCCUUUAAUGAGUAAGCCGAUGAGGUAAUGUGGGGGGAGGAUUGUUGGUAACAAUGGAAAUAAGAUGAACAGAAACUUCCACUUACUUAAGGCCAACAAAGUGACAUUUUAUCCAUUGAAAAAUUAAUGGUCAUACUACAUUUAAAUACCUGGGUGAUAUUCAAUCUGUCUUAGCAAAACAUUGUUAAAUCUGAUUGUGGCAUACGAUCGUAAACAUAACACAUAUUAUACUUAAUUGUAAUAUUAAGUUAUAGUUUCCCUUCCUCAAAUUGAAGUAAAUGGCAUUAAGUAUAUCAUUUACUUCCUAACCUGAAAAACCUGCAUUGCAAAUAAUUAAUUUUAAAACUAAUCCAUUAUGUUGUUUAGUUAGUGGAAGGUUAGUUGAUACUUAUUUUAGAAGGUUGCUGUUUUAUUGAGUCUAUGACCUGCUGUUUCUGUAGCACCUUUAAACCUACAUUACAUUUGUUUUCUCUCUGCUUAUGUUAGAGCUGGCCUCUCAUGUACAUAGAGGGAGAACUGGUAGCUAUUUUGCAAAAGGUGCUCCAUUGAAACGUCCAUUUUGCAAAACCAAUGACUUUUAAACUCAAUAUGACCAAAAAUACUAUGUUGUGAUGUAGCUGCAUGUCUUUCUAUUGGAGCUAUUGGUUUCCUUUUACCAUUAUUACCCAGCAACUAGUAGAAGACAAUGAAAUAAAGCAAGUUAUUGUUUCAAUGAGUAGAAAAGGGACAUGUAAAGAGAAGAUUACAAGGUAUAUCCAUGUAGCAUCUGCCAACGCGCUGGUCCUAGAUUGCAAUGGUGCUCCAAAAAGCAGUUUAUUUCAGAAUGGAUGGACAUCAUACAUCAACAUCUACUCCCUGGGUUAACUGCAUUUGUCUCUCUAAAAUAUUUGCACAGUAUUGUAAAGUUUUAUCAAAUGCUGAAUGGCCGUACAAUCAGUCAGAAAACAAAUGUUACGUCUUUUUGCUGUAAAAAAAACAACAACAACAACAACCAAACUUUACCACAAAUUUUAUAUUUUUGAACCAGGAGAAUGACAUGUUAUUGUAAUGUUGUGUUGAUUAUUGUACAUCUAAGGCGGAACUGAAACUCGGUAUUGCUAAUACAUUGUGAUAAAUAUGACCACUCCUUACAUUGUGUUUCAAAAUGUAGGCUGUAGAAAUAGUGGACCAUGUUUGAAAAAGAUAUAUAUUUAGCAUGUAAAAUUAUUAUGUAUUUUAACCAAAUUCAAGCCCAGUUUUAGGUUUUAAGUUUUGGUCCUCUGAGGCAGCAGUAAUAUUUUUACAGUUAUUUAUACAUUUUACUCCAAAUGCCGAAAGUACCACAAAACCACUAUACGCUUAUUAAAUAAACUCUAUGGUCCACUGUUUUUUACAGAACAACCAACUCCAAUUCAUGUUUUCUUAUGAAAAAUGCCAUGUGAAAUAUCUGCUGGAAAAUGAGACCGAUCCUAUAGCUGAAGUUUUGCUGUUAUGUCACAAUAUUGAUAAAACAUGAAUAUAUUGUUAUUGUUUAGAAAUUGUACAAUAAAUGAUUGUACAUGUAUCUUUAUUUUAGUGCCGAUGAAUGCAGCUACUCCUAAUUGUUUAGCAAUGGUCAUGAAUUAAACCAAAUGAUUUCUUUCAAUCCAAAAUAGUUGUAAUCUUCUGGCUGUAGCGAACUCUGAGCACUAGUCUAACUGAUGCAGUCCACCUGAUUAUAAUCUCCUGCUGUAGCUCUUUAUGUGAAAAUAAAAAUAUGUUUAAGUUGA